UAGGGCGGGCGGCUUUGUGGCGCGCGCGGGUUCCACCGCAGGCGGCGCGGAGGCGGGGCCCUGCACAGGCGUCCGCCAACCCCCCGCUUUCGGCCGGGCCGCGGCCGCCGCACAUGGCCGGCUCCGCAAGAGCCGGCUUCCCUGCGCACACGAAUAGCCGCCUGGACGCGUUCCUGCGGAGGCGGCUGCCGCCCGAGGUCUACGACGCCAUCCGCGCCUACGAGCCGUGCAUCGUGGUGUCCGACUCGGAGAAGCACACCUUCAAGUACGUGGUCCUCAGCGAUCGGCUCAUCUACCUGACCGAGAACCCGCCCAAGUCCAUACGGCGUGCAGUGGCGCUGCGGGACGUCGUGGCCAUUGACCUGAUUGAUGAUUACCCACAAUUUCUGAGUCCACCAGACAGAGAAACCAACCAACAUAUUCGUAUCAUCUAUUCUUCAACUGUUUUGAAAAAAGAGUGUGAAAAAUCAAAAGGUGUCAAGAAAUUCUCAUUUCCAUUUCAUCCAUCUCAUUUCCAUUUCAUUGCCGCUUCUAACAACAAAAAAGUUGAAGAAGAGAUUAAUGGCCCUGUCUUUUGGAGAGGCAAAGAGCCCCGAAGUUUGAAUGAAUCCUCUCUCAGGUACCACCAAGAGGUCAGCACACCAUCCACAGACUCAACCUUCUGUCUUCCUUCAGACCUCAAGGAGCCGUCUCUUCAUGGCCAAAGUGCCUUUCGACCCUUACCCACGCCCUCCAGGAGGAGCUGUCAAUCCACAUCAGCUACGGGAAAGGUUGCCACCUUGCCCUCUUGCACAACCAACACGAAAGAACCCAAGGCACUGUCAGAUCACAACGGUUCUCUAAGUGAAGUCCCUUUAAAGGGCAAUGGGAACGGAAAUGAGUUUUACUCAGGAAAUUCCUCCCUGGCUUCCCCUUUACAGAGCAACCCAAACCUAGAGAAAAAGGCGUUGGAACUUCAUUUGUACAUUAUUUCCACAACCUCAUCGAUAUUUCUGCACUUAAAAAGUUCGUGGACCAAUUAUAUUAUAAAAGCUACUCUUUUACAAGACCCCCUACGUGCUGGUGAGCUCAAUCCUAUCGGAAGUCAAAAGCCAUAUAGAUCUGAGGAGAAAAUUAAGCACUUCAGUCAACUUAAAUCUGAACUCUUCCUUAAAGACAAUACGUUGAGGAAGAUACUUUGUCUAAUUACAGAACUUAAAGUAGCAGCCCAGAAAAACUUCAUUCUGAAAAGGCUUUUCUGGAAAACCAGUGACCUUUUCUAUUUCCUAGUGAACAAACUUCGUGAGUACUUGCCAGAGUCUAGGGAUAAGAGCACACUUCAAAAUAGAAGCCAAAGGGCUGAUGAGCUGGUGGCAUGCAUUGAAAUUAUGCAGACUCUGGGACUGAUGUUCAGAGAAACAGAAACUGAGUCAUCACGCCUGAAGACAUUGGCAGCUAAGAAGGGAGCAUUUUUUAAUCUUUUGGUAAUAUUAAUUAGUGAACCUCAGAUUCCAAAAUCUUGUCCUGUGUUUGAUAUCCAGUUGGUGGCUGAUUCAACCUUAGUUGAGAUGUCUUUUGAUGCUGAGUUACAGAACCUUAUCAAGGAAUAUACAGAUACAGCUACGGCACUUUUAUAUGAGCUAUUUCUUGUCUUUCAGCAGGGAAAUCUUGGAUUGGGACCAGAAGAGUUUGCUAUUAGCUGGAUGAUGUCCUUCCUACAAAGUCGUCCUCCCUUCAUCACCUUCCUGGCCAGUAUUGUGAAACAGGUGGUAAAGGGGCUUGGAGCUUCAUUUCAGCUGCUAAGUCCCAGCCAAGCCGUUCUGCUGUAUCAGCAGUUUUACAUCCUCAAGAGCUGCCUGCGGUACAGCCAGACUUUAGCUGAGUAUAUUAGGAAUGACUACAGAGAAGAAUUCAGCUGUCACCAGCAUCACCCCACAAAGCAUCCAAGGCUCCUCCACUAUCACCCAUCAAAGACUACAAGACUUCUAGUUUCUAAUCUGGAGGUGGAGAUGCGGGGGGGUGGGGGGUGGGGCGGAACAGAAUGGUGUUUAUGAAUGUCCUGAGCUCUUAGAUGAGGGAUUGCUCCCAAGAGACAUUCAGAAGAAGCUGAAAAGAUUCUUGGGAUAAAUGCAAGCAAUACUUCAAACUGGACUAAUGAUGGACAGUGGGUUGACUGACCCCUGGUGAAGGGUGGAACCCACAGAAUGACAACGAGAGGACGAUCAGCUCUGCCUCAGCUUCUACAAAGUGCCCCAGCUCUGGGCUAACAGCAGUGCUGGCUCCUGAGAGGGCCUGGGAUUCUCUCCUGCAUGUCUUAGGUGCUUGAAGGGCUCCUUUCUCCCACUCACUGUUCUCUUUUCUCUAAGAGUAUACUUAAUCUCUGGGAGCCAAAGCUCUUCAGAAUGCAUCUGAAUCUCUCCAUAUAGGACUAUGUCAGUGGCAUUUUUGAAAGCUAAUGGUUGAAUAAUUUGUCAUCCUGAUUUUCUUAUGACAUUUGUCUAUGCGUGUGCACAAUGUGGGAGGGCAACCCCAAAAUUAAUACAUACUUUAAACGGUUAUCUUUCCACAAUUCUUUCCUACUGUGUUUUUUGCAUUAAUGCCAAAGCCAAGAAAAUCACUAAAUAAUCCAUCUCUGUAAGUAAUCAGACACAUUUGACCAAUUAAAUAUUGACUUCAACUACAAAAUAAUUACUUUUAGGAAGUCUAAUUGUAGAAACAUUUUGAAUAUGAAAAUCACAUAUAUAACUUUUUACAAAUACAAAGGAUCACCAAAAAAGCAAGCACAUAAAGCUAGUUUUCAGGCUGGGCUCAAAAUUCUAGACUCUUUGACCACUUUUAUAACACAGGCAUUGCCAUUUAUCACCUGCACUAAGAGUAAACUCACAGUAAUCAGCUCUACUGUUACACAUGCACACACACACACACAUAUAAUAGGGGGAAGAGCAUGGGUUUUGAGGCCAAAAUGGUUGAGUUUAAAUCUUAGCUCUGCAGCAGUUUUGGACAUUGGGAAGUUACUUAGCAUCUCUAAGCUUCAGUCAAAACAAAGAUAAUACAACCUAUCCCACUGGAUUGUUAGGAGAUUUUAAUGUGAAGAUGUUUGUAAUGCACAUAUCAUGGUAUGUGGCAUGUAGUAAGGAUUCGGUACAUAGUAUUUAUUAUUAUUAUUACCAUUAUUAUUACUAAAAUAACACUGAAGCUGGCUGAGAACUUACAGACUAGUAAGUACUGGCCCUUAAAAAAAUAAGUACUGACUUUAUUAUUUUUUUUGUACCAAUGUGGGGAAUAGCUACUAUACUAGCUCCUCUACUCAGAGACCCCCUGAUCAAUAUAGUAUUGAAGAACAGAUUAAUUUAGUUAUUUUUUAAAUGUUUAUUUAUUUAUUUUGAGAGAGAGAGGGAGAGAGCACGGAAGUGCAAAUGGGGGAGGGACAGGGAGAGAGGAAGAGAUUCCCAAGCAGGCUUUGCUUGUGCAGAGCCCAAUGCAGGACUCCAACUCACAAACUGAGAGAUCAUGACCUGAGCCAAGAUCGAGAGUCAGACGCUUCACUGACUGAGCCACCCAGGUGCCCCAGAUUCACGUGCUUAUUAAAUAAAAACUUCAAUUUUCCAUUAGUAGGAGUGUGAUUUAAUUGACAAGUGACUAUUUCUAUUGCUUACCACCAGGAAUAGUUGGCUCUAAUUGACACUGCUAAUAUAAGAGCUAUGUGGGAAAUACUCUUCCCAAGGGUAGACAGAAAGCUUUUUAGUUAUGGAAACUUUUGUCAGCCUUUGUCUUACACAACUAAGCACUAACGGAUCAAACUGAUAUACUGUAUUUAUAGAGUUCCUAAUUGAUUCACACGUAGUGUUCACGUUAAUGAAAUCUAGAUAACCUAGAAACUAUGUAAAGAGGGAGAAGCUUGAAGACCCUAUAAUUGAUAACAUAUUUUACAUGUUUCCCUAUUGAAUCUCACUCAUGGGCAGUAUCACUUCUAAUAGUGUAUAAGAAUGCUUGAGAGUACAGUAAUAAAUGUGCUCUGAGGCAUUUGAUAAAAGUGGUCAAAGCUUGUUGACUAGUGAUAAGCUCCAACCUGUGACAUUAUAUAUUCUUUCUCUGAGGUUAGACUCACUUGUUUUAUAGUUAAUAUUUUUGUAGCAUAGAGAAGUUCAGUGAUGAUUAUAGAAGGGAAUAUGGAAAUUUUUGAAGAAAUUGAUGGGAAUUUUUGAGAAACUUUUAAUAGUAUUGACUAUCUGAUUUCUUUUUGUUCAGUGUAUCUACUUGUAAAAUGCAAUGCUGGCUUGUAAGGUCCACUUGGACUUGGGUUUCUCCAGAAGGGAGACAGUCAGCAAUUCUCCAUCCAAUCAGACCAAGCACUCUUGUAUCUGCAUAUCUGUGUAUGAGGUCUGAAGCUUUUCUCGUUUGGAAGCAGCAGGACUCCUUGGCUAGAGAUCUUGGUAGUAUGACUUUGUGGCUUAAAGUUCAGAUGCUAGGGCAGAAAGACCUUGUUUUCAUUCCUCCUUGCCUACUUUCUUGUCACCAUCCCUGUGGCAGGUUAGUUAACCUCUUUCAGAACUUCCAUUUUAUCAACUGUAAGAUAACAAAAAGCCUACCUUAAGGGUUUUUGUGAAUAUUUAUUCAUUCAUAUAUAAAGAAAUAAUUCUGUGGCUACUAUGUACUGGGAUGAACCAUAUGAUAUUGCCAUUUCAAGUUCAAAAUUGUCGAUAUCCAUAAUUUCAUAUGGUUCAAACAAAAACCCUUUAACAAAUUGUAGCUAUUAUCGUAACAGAAAUACUAACUUGCUUGAUGAACUUAAAUAUUUACCAUUUAUUCUAAUUUCCCAGAUAGCAGGACACUUUGUUAUAACCUGGCUUAUUUUUGCAGUUUGGGUAAACCUCAAACCAUCGAGUUCAAUUACAAAUUAUUGAGGAAGCAUAACAUACUUCAACAUGUUCAAAUAAAAUUUUAUAUUUGCUUCUUGCGUCACCCCAAAUAAAAAAUGUUCUUCUACAG